CCAGGCUGCCCCGCGCCGCGACCCCGUCGUAGCGACUGGAAACCGGGAAAAAUGGUGGGCGCUCUGCGACGCUAAGGCCGCGCUGGGCAGUUGGGGCCGGGGAGUCUCCGCUCCAGAUGGCGGGCGAGCUAGCGGACAAGAAGGACCGGGACGGGUCGCCCUCCAAGGAGGAGAGGAAGCGGUCGCGGUCCCCGGACAGGGAGCGGGAGAGAGACAGGGAUCGGAAGUCAUCCCCCUUUAAAGACCGGAAGCGGCACCGUUCCCGGGACCGGCGACGAGGGGGCAGCCGCUCCCACUCGCGCUCCCGAUCCAAGUCCACAGAGAGAGAACGGAGGCACAAGGAGCGGGAGCGGGACAAAGAACGGGACAAGGAGCGGGAACGGAGCAAGAAGGACCGGGAGCGGGACAAGGAUGGCCAUCGGCGGGACAAGGACCGGAAGCGAUCCAGCUUGUCCCCAGGCCGAGGGAAAGACUCCAAAUCCCGGAAGGACCGUGACUUCAAGAAAGAGGAGGACGACGAGCAUGGAGAUAAGAAGCCAAAGACUCAGCCCUUGUCCCUGGAGGAACUUCUGGCCAAGAAGAAGGCCGAGGAGGAAGCUGAAGCCAAGCCCAAGUUCCUCUCCAAAGCGGAGCGGGAGGCUGAGGCCCUGAAGCGGCGGCAGCAGGAAGUGGAGGAGCGGCAGAAGCUGAUCGAGGAGGAGAGGAAGAAGAGGAAGCACUUUCAGGACAUGGGCAGGAAGAUGCUGGAAGACCCCCAGGAACGGGAGAGGAGGGAAAGGAGGGAGAGGAUGGAGCGGGAGACCAACGGCAAUGAAGACGAAGAGGGCCGGCAGAAGAUCCGGGAAGAGAAGGACAAGAGCAAGGAGCUACACGCCAUCAAGGAGCGCUACCUGGGGGGCAUCAGGAAAAGGCGCCGCACGCGACACCUCAACGACCGUAAAUUCGUCUUUGAGUGGGAUGCGUCCGAGGACACGUCCAUCGACUACAACCCCCUGUACAAGGAGCGGCACCAGGUGCAGCUGCUGGGCCGCGGCUUCAUCGCCGGCAUCGACCUGAAGCAGCAGAAGCGGGAGCAGUCGCGGUUCUACGGGGACCUGAUGGAGAAGAGGCGCACGCUGGAGGAGAAGGAACAGGAGGAGGCAAGGCUGCGCAAGCUGCGGAAGAAAGAAGCCAAACAGCGCUGGGACGACCGGCACUGGUCGCAGAAGAAGCUGGACGAGAUGACGGACAGGGACUGGCGCAUCUUCCGGGAGGACUACAGCAUCACCACCAAGGGCGGCAAGAUCCCCAACCCCAUCCGCUCCUGGAAGGACUCGUCCCUGCCCCCCCAUAUCCUGGAGGUUAUCGACAAGUGCGGCUACAAGGAACCAACGCCCAUCAGCGCCAGGGCCAUCCCCAUCGGGCUGCAGAACCGUGACAUCAUCGGCGUGGCAGAGACGGGCAGCGGGAAGACGGCGGCCUUCUUGAUCCCGCUGCUGGUCUGGAUCACCACACUGCCCAAGAUAGACAGGAUCGAGGAGUCAGACCAGGGCCCCUACGCCAUCAUCUUGGCCCCCACGCGUGAGCUGGCCCAGCAGAUCGAGGAGGAGACCAUCAAGUUUGGGAAACCCCUGGGCAUCCGGACCGUGGCCGUCAUCGGUGGCAUCUCCCGGGAGGACCAGGGCUUCCGGCUGCGGAUGGGUUGUGAGAUCGUGAUCGCCACCCCCGGGCGACUGAUCGACGUCUUGGAGAACCGCUACCUGGUGUUGAGCCGCUGCACCUACGUGGUCCUGGACGAGGCGGACCGGAUGAUCGACAUGGGCUUCGAGCCUGAUGUGCAGAAGAUCCUGGAGCACAUGCCCGUCAGCAACCAGAAGCCUGACACGGAUGAGGCUGAGGACCCCGAGAAGAUGCUGGCCAACUUUGAGUCGGGCAAACACAAGUACCGCCAGACGGUCAUGUUCACGGCCACCAUGCCCCCGGCGGUGGAGCGGCUGGCCCGGAGCUACCUGCGCCGCCCAGCCGUAGUCUACAUCGGUUCCGCGGGAAAACCCCACGAGCGCGUGGAGCAGAAGGUCUUCCUCAUGUCAGAGUCGGAAAAGAGGAAAAAACUACUGGCCAUCUUGGAGCAAGGGUUCGACCCACCCAUCAUCAUCUUCGUCAACCAGAAGAAGGGCUGCGAUGUUCUGGCUAAGUCUCUGGAGAAGAUGGGGUACAAUGCCUGCACCCUACACGGCGGCAAGGGCCAGGAGCAGCGUGAGUUCGCCCUGUCCAACCUCAAGGCCGGGGCCAAGGACAUCCUGGUGGCCACGGACGUAGCCGGCCGCGGUAUCGACAUCCAGGACGUCUCCAUGGUGGUCAACUAUGACAUGGCCAAGAACAUCGAAGACUACAUCCACCGCAUCGGGCGGACGGGCCGAGCGGGCAAGAGCGGCGUGGCCAUCACGUUCCUGACGAGGAGGCCUCGGCCCGUGUUUUACGAGAUGAAACAGCCAUCCUGGAGAGCCCGCGUGUCGGCCUGCCCCCCAGAGCUGGCCAACCCCCCGCAGCCCAGUCACAACGCGGGCACCAUCCUCACCGAGAAACGCCGGAGAGGAGACCAUCCUAUCCGCCUGUACGGCCCACCCGCAGGACCGUGCCCUAGCCCCUUCACCCCGCCGGGUGUCUUGGACCUGAACCAGCCAAAGGAGGCCGAAGGGGUGGACCGGAGCUGUGGGACCGGGGGACGCACUUCAGAGGUACAAGGAGAACCUCUGUGA